AUGAGGCUGGGGACAGGGCAGGUGGGCUCUGAGGCCCCCUGGGGGCAGAGCCCUGGCCCCAAGCCAUGCUGGCCCCUGCUGCUGCUGGGCUUGGCUAUGGGUGCCCAUGGUCAGCUGCCCCCACUGACAGUAGACCCACCGAACAGCACCCCAGACCCUGGAGCCCCAGCAGGAAGCAGCUCUCGGAGCCCGUGGGACAGGUUCCUGUUCUGGCCUGGCCCCCAGGGGGCAGGCCCCAGGUGCUGGCCUGGUGGGUUUUGGCCUGAAACUCAGUCAUCCUGGUUUGUUUUCAGUGAAGGAACCCAGCUCACCGUCCUAGGUACCCUGGGGAAACAGGCUCCUGCCGGCAUUCUCAACAUCGGUGCCUGA